UAUAAUAUUUUCUGAAUCAAACACUAAAUUCACGGGAUCCCAAAGGCAUUUUGGUUGGGUAAUGAGCCGUAACCUUACAUGUUGUCAAAAAUAUAGGCUACUACUAUGGAAGGACCUGAAAUUACAGUUUGGAAAUGUUGCAGAAUUCCUUAUGAUUAUUUUAUUUGCUGCCCUAAUGCCGAUCAUCUUUACCCUUGGCACAAUGUUGGCAAAAUCAAUGUUUCCCAAAGAAAAAGAAAUGGAAAAAGUUUAUGGACCGAGAAGUGUUACCACAAGAGUCUUUGAGGAAUUGUAUUACUUUCCUUAUAAUGGGUUACUUGAUCAAUUGAUUGCUCAACUCGCCAAUGUCUCCGACAUUUAUAUCUUCGAAAGUUAUGACACUAGAACUGAAUUAUUUUUGAAUUUGAAAAGAGAUAAAAGUGCAUUGGGGAUUGCGUUUCCAUAUGAUUGGUAUAGUAUAACGACUAUGCCGGAGCACAUCAAUUUCACCUUAUAUAUGCCAUUAUCUAUAAAAAGCAGUAGUUUCAAUUAUUUUGAAUCAGGUUUUCUAUUAAUGCAAGAGCGUUUAUCGCAAAUAUUCAUUGGCUUUAAGGACUCCCGACAUAAGAAUAUGAGCACAUUGCGGAUGAAACAUUUUCCUUAUCCCAGAUAUACGCCAAAUCCCUAUUCGGAGUCUGCAAAGUACAUGACCUACAUGACUUUAUUAUCCUUCCUUCUGCCCUGCAUGACAACGGUUAAGUACAUUGUUGACGAAAAAGAAAACCAACAAAAGGCUAUUUUGAAAACAAUGGGUUUUAAGAACUGGAUCCAUUGGCUCGCGUGGUAUACGAAAUCUAUGUUUAUCAUGUUGCUCUGCGUGGCAAUUGUGAUAUUUAUUUAUUCUACUGGAACGGUGUAUGAAUUCAGUAACUUGGUUUGCUUGGUCGUCAUAUUUCUCGUCUAUAUUCACUCACUCGUAUUCUUUAUAUUCCUGGUAAGCUCAUUCUGCUUCGACAGCUUCUGGGCCGUCGUCUAUGUCUUUUUGCUCUACGUAGCCACGACCAUUCCCUUCGCUGUUGUGGGUACGGAUAAUUCUAGUAUUGCCUGUCAAAUCGCAGCCUGUUUCGGUCUAAACUCUGCUCUGUUCUAUAUUUUGGAUUCCGUGGCCACAAUGGAGAUGCAGUCGGUGGGUGUUCAAUGGUAUACUAUCGCUCAUACGGCAUCCGGUAGCCAUAGGUUAAGCAUCGCUGGCUACAUGAGCAUCAUGUUCUUUAUAAGCUGGAUUGAACUAUUGUUUUGCCUUUAUAUCGAAGAAGUGCGUGGUGUAUUUGGAGUGCCCGAGUUAUGGUACUAUCCAUUUCAGAAGAAAUACUGGCUUCGUAAACGUGUUUUACAAUCAAUUUUUAUACCGGAACCGCAUUUGCCGGCUUCAGAAACACAUCAUAGGAAAUCUCAUUACUCAAUGUCAUCAUCAUUUUUUUAUGAUAAUCGAAGCGAAACAAGUAUUCAGGCAGGUGUAAGAAACAAAGUUGGCGUGGAGUUGAUAAAUCUUACCAAGAUGAUUGGACAACGCCAGAUAGUGUCUAAUUUAACCUUAAAUCUGUACGAAAAUGAGAUCACUACCCUGCUGGGACAGCCAGGUUCUGGGAAGACCACCACCAUACUUCUGCUUUGUGGUAUCUUGAAACCCACUUACGGAACAGCUUUUAUUAAUGGCUUUCAAAUUGCUAAACAAGCAAAACAAGCGAAAAGCUGUUUGGGCAUCUGCCUGAAGCAGAGUGCCAUUUUCAAGGGAAUGAGCGUAAAGGAUCACCUCUACUUUUUCAGUCGCAUAAAGGGCUACGGAAAAGAUGAAGCUGAACUGGAAUCAGAAAUUUACAUUACCAACCUUAAGUUGGCUGAGUUCAGAAAUAUCGAUGCCAAAAAUCUUUCCGUUAGUAACCAGCGGUGUUUGUCACUGGCCUGUGCCCUUUGCGGUGGCUCCAAGGUUGUCCUCUGCGACGAACCAACCACCGGUUUGGACACAACUGCGCGUCAUGAUCUUUGGCGUUUGUUGCAAAAGGAGAAACAGGGUCGUACCAUCUUGUUUACCACCCAACAUAUGGAGGAGAGCGAGAUUAUAGGCGACCGCAUUGCUGUCAUUAAUGAUGGAGAGCUACGAAGUUAUGGCACUCUUGGCUUCCUUAAGUAUAUGCAUAAUACAAGUUACACACUCUCCUGCGAGAUGACACAGAAUGUCUCACAUUGUGAGCUGACAGAGUUGAUAACUAGAUUUGUAUCUUCAGCCAAACCUGUCGUGCGGGGACAUGAUGUCAACUACAAACUGCCAAGAGAUGAGACUCACAAGUUUUCGGAAAUGUUCCGGGAAUUGGAGAGCAAUAAAAAGAUCCUGGGUGUCCGAAGUUUUGGCUUAACUGAUUCCAGCCUGGAGGAGAUCUUUAUCGCUAAAGAAAUUAUACCACGCCUCAGGGGUGGUACUGUGCCAGAAGAUAAUGAAAAGGCUGAUUUUUCAGUCCAAACUGACUCAUCAAAAUUGAAAGGUCAGAGACCAAAAUAUCAAGAGCAAGAGCCAGAACCGAAAUCAAUUAUAAAAAAAGAAAAUUCUGAGACAUUACUUCCGCCUCCACCGAAGACAAGGACGCCAAAAAUUGCACCACAGGAAGUAUGGACGCCUGAGGAAAGAAAAAAACCAACCGUUUCGGCCCAAUUUCGGGCCAUGUUAAUAAAAAAGGCUUUUUAUACUGUCUCUAAAUUACCCAUAUUUCUUAUAAUACUGAUCAUACCAAUUAUAUUCAUUAUUAUAGCCCUUAUCUCUGAUCCCUAUAGUAAAGAUCUGAGAGCCAAUGACCUACAAACUGUAUUACCACUGUCUUUGGAAUAUUAUAACUAUGAGGAUAUUAUCAUCUUACUUGAUGUCGACAAUAAGCUGGGUACAAAAUAUGCAGAAGCCUAUAAGAAAUUAAUCAAAGCGCCUGCAACAAUUCAAAAGGUCGAUUCGGUUUUUUCCUAUUUAUUCAGAGCCACACCAUUGAUAAGGCGUGAUAUAAAUCGUAAAUAUGUUUGUGGUGUUUCGUUUAAAGAUUCCUCGGCUAUCACAGUCUGGUAUAAUAGCAAAGCCUUUGCGCACUCGGCACCCAUUGCUAUGAAUCUGGUUUAUAAUGCCCUAGGAAAGGUGAAGCUUGGAAAUCAUUUUGAAAUUAUUGUUAACAGAGGUCAACUAGAUCAUUUCACUGAGAGAAAUAAGAACUCGAUUAAAGUGAGGAAAAAAAGACAGGAUGAUCCGGAUGAUCCUGAUUAUUCCGAUUAUGAAGACUUUGAAACCCAACCAAAUGAUGAUUAUGUGCUUCUUCCUCAAUUAAUUACCCCUAUUCCUGGCCAUCCUCAUGUUGAAUCAGGUAAUAAUGACGUUAAACUUGCUCCUGAGAUGUCCCUUGCAGAAGCAUCCUCAACCUUCUUUAAUGAUAAGGCCGUUAGAAAGAGAUUCCUUGGUUUGAUUAUAUUAAUAACCGCUUAUAUAGCUCUUGCACUAAGCAUUUUUUCUUUGCUCGUAACGCAGGAGCGUGUCCACAAAAUGAAAGUGUAUCAGGAAAUACAAGGAUUGAAACCAUUCUACUACUGGCUAACUCACUUUCUUUAUGACUUAGCCGUUUUUUUCAUAUUUAUGGUGGCUCUCACCUUUGCCAUACUACGAGUCACAUUUUGGCAUCAAUCUUUAAUUAUACUUAUACUUUUUGGCGUUGCUUGCUUGCCAUUCGUCUAUCUAUGUACUUUGAUGUUCAGUAAGCCAGCUUCUGCUUUCGUUUGGAUCUUUAUAAUUCUACUGAUUACGGGUGGAUUACUUUUUUCCAUUUGGUUAUCAUUUAACGUGAUGGUGGUGGGCGGUGUAAGGGCUAUAUUUGUGAUUUUUCCCAUGUACGUCGGAACAUCUGGGCUACUCAAAUGUAUGUCAACGCCUGAGUAUUGCAGUCGUGAGGUACUUCCACCGAUCGAUGAUAUUGAUUGCUGGUUUGGAACUAACAAUGUAUUCUGCUCAUGCAAACCGAUCAAUAAUUGGGUUGAGCCCUGGCUCCUGCUGAUCCAUGGCUUUAUUUGGUUCUUUUUUCUUUCUAUUUCAGAUUACAGCGUUGAAAUUGUCAAUUUUCUACAUCCCAAAGAAUCAAACAGAAACUAUGAAUUGUCCGAUAAGCACAAAAAAGUGCUCGAUGAAGAAAGAAGAGUGGGUCAAAUUUCAAAGCUUGAUUAUGAUGAAUAUCCUUUAAUAGUAGAUCAGAUUUAUAAGCAAUUUUGUUGCAACCAAGCUGUCCAAUUAGUAUCAUUCUUGGUGAAGCCAGGCGAAUGUUUUGGCCUUUUGGGACCCAAAGGAUCUGGAAAGACAUCUAUUUAUCGUAUGAUUGUGGGCGACACCAGUAUGACAGGCGGUAAUAUCUACGUGAAUGGAAUAAGUGUGAGGGAUAACAGGGUCGCCGCCAAAAAGAUUAUUGGCUACUGUUCGCAGAACGACACAUUACACGAUUUCCUAACCGGUCGUCAAGUGCUCACCAUUUAUUGCCUACUCCGUGGCGUUCCCAAAGAAGAGAUCCGAUUUUUCACCGAGCUGAUUGCCACAAACUUCGCUUUCAGGGAUCUACUUGACCAGAAAAUCGAGACAUAUAGUGGCGGGACCAGGAGAAAACUUUGCCUGGCACUCGCUGUCUCUGAAGGGACGCUUAUUUGUCUCGAUGAGGCCAAUAAUAGUGUCGAUUCAGAUACUCGCAAUUUUCUUUCACAAAAGUUGGGGCAUGUUAACAAUAGUGGAAGGGCAAUAGUUGUGACUACCAAUGACUUAGAAGAAGCGAGUGUCCUAUGUACGAGGGUCGGUGUGUUGUUCUCCGGCGAAUUAAAAUACCUUGGAUCAUUGCAACAUGUGCGAUCUGAAAUUUCUAAUAUCAUUGUACUUAAGGUUAAGAUCAAUUUAAAGUCGAAUAACCAAAAGGAGGAAGUGAAAAGGUUCAGAGCUGACAUGAAGGAACUUUUUCCAUCGGCAACCUUAAUGGAAUCAAUUGAAAACAAUCUUAGAUAUCACUUAAGUAACCAAGUCUUUAAAUUGUCCAGCUUGUUUUAUCAAAUGGAACGAAAACGAAACGAAGAUGCUCUUGAAGAUUAUUCCAUAUCUCAGGUUUCCUUAGACGAAUUGUUCAUGAUACUAAAUAAUGAGGAAGAAAGAGCCGUCAUCGAUUUUAACUCUUCAAACUCCGAUGACGAGGAGAAUGUCGAAUUUGAAAUUAAAGUUACAUCGCCGGAAAAACAAGAAAGGAAAAAUAUUAAAAAAGAAGCUAAGCUGAAAGAGAAGAGAAAAAAAGACAGGCAAAAACGAAAGGAACAAGCAAAGAAUAAAAGACCAGCAACUACCUCAGAAAGUUCUGAUAGUGAUGAAUUUAUACCAGAUAAAGGUAAAAACGCAAGGAAAUAAAGGUUAUAGCCAACGACCUGCCCUAAAACAACAGUGGGAAAAGUGGAGCAGUCGACCGUAUUUGUAUUCAUUAAGGAAUUUCCGCAAGUUUUCCCGCUUUUCUCUUUGCCAACACCCCUCCUUCGACCCAGCAUUUUGAGUUUUUUCGGUGUGCCUGGCUGCGUUCCGAGGGCAAUGGUUGAUUAAAAUGUCAAAUGCCUUGCAUAUUUUAAAUGCCAUUGCGUCAACCCCAGAGGAAAAUUCAUCCGAAAAUUCUGACUCAAGCUGAAAGCCACCCAAGGUCCAUACAACGGGGCAAUUAAGGAUAAGAGGACCUCAGCUCAAAACCAAGGACGAUUUCCAGAAUAAGAAUUGCGCACAUUUAAUGGCUUGCAGUCUUGGUGAUUUCACGUCUUUAGAAAUUACACAUAUGGUUGCUACAUCGUUUUUGAAAUUUAAACUUUAAUCUUGAUUUUUUUUUACCAAUUUUCAUGUCAGUCAACAGAGAAAACAUCAAUUAAAAACGUUUUUCAUUAUGUAAACAAGGUAAAAUAAGGACAAAACUGUAAGAAAACGUUAAUUAAAUGCAAAUAUUUUUCAAACCUUAAACUUAUACCUUUCAACCUCUAAAUUUGUUGAUCCCUUAUUUAAUAUUAUUUUACAUUCGCCAUAAGUUAAAGCCUUUGGAUAUUACCUGAAACGAUAAAAAGAAAAACAUUGAAGAUAAAUAAGAUUAGUUGCAUUGAAGGAGUGCAUACUAAAAUAGUUGAUGCUAAACAAGAA